GUAUUAUUAGCUGUCGUGUGCAUUCAAUCUCAGCGCUGUCGUCCUCCAGCAACAAUGCGUUGGCCAUCGCAGCUCUCACUUCUAAUUCCUCAGUUGUCGAUGAGCAGUUUCGCACCUCCCAAGGUGUACACGCCCUCUACAAAGUCGUUCGCGCUGAAGGAGGGGAAUGAUAUCCUCACUCCGAAGGACAUGCUCGAGCUCCCGAGGCCCGGCAGCGCGGUCGCCAACCCAGCAGGAGAUCUGGCAUUCAUCUCAGUCUCGGAAUAUUCUUUUGAAAUCAAAAAAAUGAAUUCGACCAUCUAUAUCGCCUCUCUCGAUGACACGGACAUGCCUGCCACCUUCCCUGUCCUGAACGGUGGUGACGCUUUCUGGCUCACCGACCGCACUCUUGCCCACGUCAUCUCCGAGUCCGGUGGUCAGGCCAUCUAUGCUAUCUCUUUCAACUACAGCACCGAGCCAAAGUCUCUCACCCCAGACUCGCCCGUGUUCAUCGGUCACCUCCCUCCCAGCCCCGCUUCCAACUUCAAAUACAAGUCAGGCAUCCUUGCCUUUUCUGCAAACGUAUGGGAGGAUGGUGAUCUGUUCACCACCCCCGAACUAGACAAGCAGCGCUCAAAGGAAGGGACCGGAACGAGCGCAAGGGUGUAUGAGGGCGGAUAUCCAAGGCACUGGGAUACGUGGACGACUCCCGGGAAAGAGAGCCAGCUGUUUACUGUCAGCUUGACUAGCUCUGGGGAGAUAGGGGAGGAGAAAUGGUCGUUGGGAGACGCAUAUGUUGCACCCUUGAAGGGUACGAAGCAUUACACGCCAGUCGAGCCAUUUGGCGGCAGUGAUGACUUUGAUCUCUCCUCAACUCAUCUCGUUUACACGGCAAAGGAUCCAGAACUACCAUAUCCCAUCCAUACUCGCCAGAAUGUUUACAUCGUCCCCGUCACUGGUGGGGAACCUCCUCGCCAGCUUACGGCUGGAAAACAAGGAGCGACGCAUACGCCCGUCUUCAGCAACGAUGGUACGAAAGUGGCGUGGACAGAGUUGAGGAAGGACGGUUAUGAAUCCGACCGUGCCCGUGUGAUGGUGUAUGACCUGGAGAAGGAUGUUCGUUUCGGUAUUACCGAGAAGUGGGAUACAUCGCCUUCCGCUCUCAUCUUCUCCCCGAACGAUGCCUCCAUUUAUGCCCUCUCAGGCGAUCAAGCUCGUGGAAAGCUCUAUGUCAUCCCUUUGCCAGUCACCCCUUCUUCGACCGGGUCCAUCGAUGCGUAUCCAGUACCCUUGGUGGAAGAGCACACUGUCAGUAGUGUUCAGCCGCUACUUGAUGGUCGCGUGCUCUUCUCCCAGAACAGUCUCACGCAUCCUUCGGAGGUGUUCCUGCGCGAGAAGAAUGGCAAGAUCUCCCAGAUCACUCAGUUGACUGCAAAGAAGCUCGCAGGUAAAUCACUCAGCCCUGGGCAUGAGUUUUGGUUCAAAGGCGCAGAGGGCGUGAACAUCCAAGGAUGGGUUAAUCUACCGCCUGGAUUCCGGAAGGGUGACAAGGCUAAGUGGCCCAUGGCAUUCCUCAUUCAUGGUGGUCCGCAGGGUGCCUGGGAGGAUUCCUGGUCUACUCGUUGGAAUCCCAACGUCUUCGCGCAGCAGGGAUACGUUACGGUCACCGUAAAUCCCACAGGGUCAACAACAUUCGGUCAAGCUCUGACCGAUGCGAUCGCAAAAGACUGGGGCGGAAAGCCGUUCGUUGAUCUGCAGGCUGGAUACAAGGAAGUGCUCCGUCUGUAUCCUGAGAUCCACCCUGAGAAAACGGUCGCCGCUGGCGCGUCAUGGGGUGGAUAUGCUAUCAAUUGGAUCGCGGGGCAUCCAGAGUUCGAUUUCAACUUCAAGGCCCUGGUUUGCCAUGAUGGUGUCUUCGAUACUCGGGCAAACGGUUUCGUAACGGAUGAGCUGUUCUUUUUCGAUCAAGAAUUUGGCGGCCCUCCUUGGAAGAGCGCGGAGACCGUUGAGAAAUUCAACCCUGCCAACUUUGUUGAGAAAUGGUCAAUACCUAUGCUGAUUUUCCAUGGUGAAAGGGAUUAUCGCCUGCCGGUCACCGAAGGUAUCGGCGCAUUCCAUUCCAACAAGCGCAUGGGAGUUCCAACCCGUCUCGUUGUCUUCCCCGAGGAGAACCAUUGGGUGCUGGACCCAGGCAACAGUCUUAAGUGGCACACUGAGAUCUUUGAAUGGUUCGCCAAAUGGCUAGACUGAACGAGCAAAGUUCGGAGCACAUUGUCCAAUGCGCGUCAGCGGUUGAGUGUUACCGCCACGAUGUAACAUUUACGCCAAAAUCAAUUGAUCAAUUACAAUCUAUAGACCCAUACUCCGUCAAUUGACGUUAUGGGCGCUGACAUGAACAGCCUCCCCAUUAGUGCGAACAGAUCGUCUUGCCACGUCUCUACUGAGUGGUUUUCGCAUAUCAAAGGCGUCUUCAUCAUCCUUCCCUCCUCCCAUUCCAGUCCCAUAAUACCCUAUUAUUCGUCUCCAUACACUGUAUCCCAUGCCCUCGUACAUGUCCUUGGCGAUCUUGUUCUUACACCGAACGAACAAGUCAACGAAGAACGCGCGGUAGACCUCGUCCGAGAUCUGCUCGAUGAGGCGCAUCAUGCCACGGGCCAAGCCUAGCCGUCGAUACUGUGGUGACACGGUUAUGGCAGUAACAUGUCCGUGGAAGUCUGGUCCGGUGCCUUCCGCUUUACCGAGCACGUAACCCAUCAGCCGACCAUUCGGCGCCUCUUGCACGUAGCACAUGUCCGGCCAUCUCGACAAAUAGGAGAGGUAGAAGGAGAUACUGUACGUCUCUGUCCAUGGAUCGAGAUUGAUGUUGUUGAAUCUGAAUAGAUCUGUGGCUCGGAAUGGUCGCAAGAUAGACAUUGUACGAUGGACAGAUACAAGGCGGCUUUCGGGCACUUGAGGAGAGGGACGUG